AUGGCUUCUUUCAAUGAGCUGGUGGCGAACGUGCCACAGCCAGUGCAGUGGGCUUUUGCUGGUAUCGGUGCGCUGUACGUGGGCACCAAGGUCCUCGGCUACCUGCAGUUCCUCCUGAGCGUCUUUGUGCUGAGCGGCACCAACUUGCGAAAGUAUGGCAAGAAGGGCACCUGGGCCGUCGUGACUGGCGCCUCGGACGGACUCGGCAAGGAGUUCGCUACCCAGCUCGCCGCCAAGGGCUUCAACCUCGUCCUCGUCUCCCGAACGCAAUCCAAGCUCCAGACGCUCGCACAGGAGCUCGAAUCCAAGUUCAGCGGCCUCCAGACCAAGAUCCUGGCCAUGGACUUCACCGCCGAUCGAGACGAGGACUACGAGGCGCUGGCCAAGCUAAUCCAGGGACUGGACGUCGGCAUCUUGAUCAACAACGUUGGACAGUCGCACAGCAUCCCGACGCCGUUCCUGCUCACCGAGAAGAAGGAGCUGCAGGACAUUGUCACCAUCAACUGCCUGGGCACGUUGAAGGUCACCCAGGUCGUCGCGCCCGGCAUGCAGUCUCGCAAGAGCGGUCUCAUCCUGACCAUGGGCUCCUUCGGUGGCUGGGCGCCCACGCCUUACCUUGCUACCUACUCGGGAUCCAAGGCCUUCCUCCAGCAGUGGUCCUCAGCCCUGGCUGCCGAGCUCAAGCCCAGCAACGUCGACGUCCAGCUCGUCCUCUCGUACCUCGUGACCACGGCCAUGUCCAAGGUGCGCCGCUCCAGCCUCCUGAUCCCCAACCCAAAGCAGUUCGUCCGCGCUGCGUUGGGCAAGGUCGGCACCGGGAGCUGGCAGUUCAUGCCGGACACCUACACGCCCUGGUGGAGCCAUGCUUUCAUGGGCUACGCAGCCGAGACCUUCCUUGGGACUGGCAGCAAGCUGCUGCGGUGGUACAACUUGACCAUGCACGUGGACAUCCGCAAGCGAGCCCAGCGAAAGGCUGCUCGUGAUGCCAAGAAGCAGUGA